GCGCAAUUCGUUUCAAUAUAAACAAUCUGUAACACGUGAAUUCAAUUCACAGGCACAACCAUUUCGAUAAAGCUUGUUGGUCACAGGAGUUAACUUAGAGUUUCACAGUUGCCAUGGAUACCAGAGAUAGCAAUGUGUUACUUCCAAGAGAGAGUGCCAAAUUGAUCGCUAAUAACAGUAAGGAUGUUAAGAUACAUCCUGAAGGUGUAAAAAAAAUUGCCAAUCAUAUGUAUGAAUGUGCAAAGAAGAACACAUACAAUCUACAAUCCUGGCGAACAGAGCAUGAAUUAAAUCCCCAAAGUCAAGACGAGUCAGCCCUUGAUUGGGUAUUUGUGGCUGACACUCUAAACUUCUCCUUCUGGUCUGAUGACGAAUCACAAAAGUAUCGCAUCAAGUUUAACGGCAAAGAAUACACCGGAUAUUGGUCAUGGUGUGCCGCCCUCAACAGAGCUUUGAAGAAUGAUGUCAAUAUUACGGAUGCCAACUUUUACGCUAACAUAACUGAGAAAAAACUGGCUGAGAUUCUUAAAUCCGACUCAGACACGCCCAUACCUCUACUGGAGGAGAGGGUGGCUGUACUGAGGGAAGCGGGGAAAGUCCUGUUAGAGAAAUAUGAAGGAAAGUUUUUAAACUGUGUGAAGGCCUGUAACAAGAGUGCCCAGUCCCUGCUUCAGCUAGUGGUCAGGGAUUUCCCUUCAUACAGGGAUGAGGCAGAUUAUCAGGGAAAACGAGUAUCUUUCUACAAGAGGGCUCAGAUUUUAGUAGCUGAUAUAUGGGCCUGCUUUGAAGGGAAGAGCUAUGGGGAAUUCCAUGAUAUAGACACCAUUACUAUGUUUGCUGAUUAUAGAAUUCCUCAGGCAUUGUAUCAUUUUGGAGCUUUGUCUUACAGUGAGGAGCUGAUGAAAUAUCUAAAAGCAGAGAAAAUGAUGCAGACAGGGGAUCGAUAUGAAGUAGACAUUCGUGGUUGCAGUAUUUGGGCAACAGAGAUGGUUGCAGAAAAAACACGAGAAUUAAUAGAAAAAGACUCGUCACUGAAAGAUGUCUUGAUGAAUUCUAUCCUUAUAGAUCACUAUCUAUGGGAUUUCAGACGUGACCAUGCUGAGGAAAUGCGGGAUAAUAUCCCAUUCCAUCAUAUUCGAUGCAUUUACUACUGAUCAUUUUAUUUGACUUAUACAUGUACUUUCAAAAUAAAAUAAUUUUCAUUCUAAGGAAAAGAAUGU